UACAAUUUGGAAUACAAUAUAAUGAAAUUGAUUUUAGUACUGACACACUGCAAUGUAAUGUUGAUAACAGAACAGUAUGUAUAAAAUUACAUGAACUUUCACACAAUACAUUAAGAAAUAAUGAAAAUAAUAUGAAUAAUAUUAUACAAGAAAGACAUAAAGAUGAUACUUUUGAAUGGAUGCAAGUACUAAAUUAUUUUUAAGUACAUAUAAAGAAAAAGUAGAACUUUUGUUAAAUCGAAAAAUAAAAACGAGAAAAAUAAUGUGGGAGAGAAUACGCAAAGUCAUGCAUUCAAAAGGAUACAAUACUACAGCAACUCAAAUAGAAAAUAAAUACAAAUCUCUUGAAAGAUCAUUUAAAAAUAUGGUCACAAAUAACAAGAAAACUGGCAGAGGACGUACAACGUAUCCAUAUCAAACUGAAUUAACGGAACUUUUAGGCGCUAAGCACAAUAUAGAACCCUUAGCUGUUUCUGGCAGAGAAGAUUUAAUUAUACGACAGGAUGUGACAGCAAGUACAUCUGCAUCUCCAGUACAUCUAUUUAUGCCCAAUCAAAAUGAUGAAAAUUCAACUAUGCAAGAGGAAAAUAACACUACAUCCGAAAUAAGAACGACAAGAAAUAUUACAAGCGAUAGUAAUUCUAGCAAAGAAAGAGUAUUACAAAAAGAAAAACGAAGAAUGGGAAAUACUGCGCGAAUAAUACAAAAUGUCCAAAAUAGUAUUGAAAAAUUUAUACAUGAUAUUGCGCAAGAAAAAGAUAGUAAAUUAGAAAUACAAAAACAAGUACUUACGGAGUAUAAACAAUUGAGAAUUAGUUAUGACGAAUCUUUAAAGAAAAUACAAGAACAAUUAGAAUUAAACAAUAAAAUGAUGUAA